AUGGCUUCGAGAGAGACUGCGGUAUCUGUGCCGCCCUCUGAGGGAACCGCUGAAAUCCCCUCCCCCAAAGAGGAACGAAUUCCUUCAGGGGCCCCAGAUGGGGACCCUGAGGGGGCCCCUCUGGACCCCCCCGAAGGUCUGCCUCUUAAGGCGAGGAAGAAGCGGGAGCAUCGAGCAGCACAUGAUGCAACACCGCAGCGGCAGCGGGUCCCCCCUCUUUCGCGACGUCGGACCCGCAGUUCAGCUGCAAUUGAAGCGGCCCCUCAUGAGAUUGUUGGAGAGGCCCCCUCUCCCCCCUUAGCUGAGAACAGUCCUGUUUGGGGGCUUCUUGACGGGGGGCAUUCUCCGCUAAACCUUACAUCUUUGCGUUGGAGCAGUCCCCCGUCGCCGGCAUCUCCAUCUGUUGUUGCCGCAACGAAAACAGUCCAACAAUCAACAACAGAGGCCGCACCAAUGCAGCAGAAACAGCAACAGCAACAACAGCAGCAGCAACGGCAGCAACAGCAACAGCACCAGGAGGAGGAUAUGGAGUACCAGCAGCAGCAUCAGCAGCAGCAGGAACAGUGGCGGCCCUUCCCCUACGAAUUGCCUGACGGAGGAACCCCAGACAUAGGGACUCCUACUGCCCCUGAAGCCCGCCCGAGGCGGCCCCAAGAGGCCCGAAGAGGGACGGUGGAGACUGGGGUCCUCCCUUCUUCUGGAGACGCAAAUGCUCUGGCCAAAUGCUGCAGCAGCAACGUGGCAGUGAGCAAAGCACCAGAAAAAUGCAGAAAAACGAACAGAGAACAAAAGGAAAGUAAAAUACAGGUCAAAAGGGGGCAAAAGAACAACAGCAACAACAGCAGCAGUAACAAACAAAGCCGCUCACAAACAAAUAUUCAUAAACAGCGCAAUCACCUGGACAGACACAUGCAGCAGCAGCAACAACAGCAGCAAAAGCAGACUGAGACAGAAGAUGGGAAGAGAAUAUCUGCGGCAACUGCAGGAAGGGAGGACUCUACAGGGGUAGCCUCAUCAGUAGGGGCCCCAGCAGCAGCAACAAUUUCCGCCUCCCAUGCUCUACCUGCUGCUGCUUCUGCUGCUAAAGGAGGUGCAGCAGGAGCAAAGCCAGGAGCAGAGGCUCGCGGAAGGGAGGACUCCGCCCUUUGUCCAAUUGUAGCAACAGCACCAACAGCAACAGCAACGGAAGCAGAAGCGGCAGCUGCAGACGCACCAGCAAGAACAGCAGGAACAGCAUCAGGAGACGCAAAAGCAGCAAAGGAAGCACCAGCAGCUAUUUCAAAGGCACCAGCAGCCGGGCCCGAAACAGCUGGUGGUGGUGGUCCAGCAGCAACAGCACAAGCACCAGCUGGUACAGCAGCAGCUGCUGCUACAAGCCAUCAGAAGGCUGUCAACAAAAAAGGUUUAAUUGCUGCUCUCAGGGCGGCAUUUCCUCAUUGCCCCUUCGCGUCCCUCACCUCUCCUCAACCAGCUGAUGCUGCUCCCCUUGCUCUUGCUGCUCCUACUGCUGCAGUUUGUGAUAUCACGCAUGCCUCUACGCCGUCUGUUGCGCCUGCUGACACAGGAAAGGAAGUGCUUAAAGAGGAAGCUACCGGCACUGUUGCUGCUGAUGCUGCUGCAGAAGCUCCUUGUGCUCCUGAUGCUGCCCCUGCUGCUGCUGCUGCUCCUGCUGCUGCUGCUGCUCCUGCUCCUGCUCCUGCACCUGCUGCUCCUGCUGCUGUUCCUGCUCCUGCUGCAGUAACAGAUACUGUCGCUUCCGCCCUGCAUGCCGCUGCUCCCGGUGCUUUUGUUGGUGUUCGCCGUUUGUCCAAACAGCUGCACCCGCAGCAGCAACAGCAGCAUACAGCGGAUUCUGAGCCAAGCACAGCCAUGAGGAAAAGUUCCAUAGCAGCAGCACUAGCAGCAAAUUCAGAGGCUCCUGAAGGCAUCAUGCAUACGGAAGGAGGCUGCAGCAACAGCACAAGCCGGGAGAACAGCAGCGACAGCAGCCAGAGCCACCGCAGUUUCAGGACACGUGCUGCUGCUGCUGCAGUUGCUGCUGGCGACAGGCGAAGAAGGACGGGAGGGUUUCGGCAGCAGUGGAAGCUCCCCCUUCAGCAUGCAGCACCAAAUACAGCAGAAGCAACAUCAGCAAGAAAUACAGAAGCAGCAGCAAAAGCAGCCAAAACAACAUUAGCAGCAGGAGCAGCAGCAGCACGCCCCAAGGAGCAGCAUACGGCAAAGCAUCGCCUGCGGAGCAGCACUUCUGCCCCUAUUGCAAUUCCCCUAGAGGGAAGCUUUCCUGCUGAUGCUUCUGCUGCAGCACAUCACCGCAGAGACAGCACCAAGCGUGACUCGAGAGCAGGAUGCACAAAAGCAGCAACAGGCGUACCCGUACAGCAGCAGCAGGAACAGCGGCUGCUGCUGCUUCCUCAGCCCGAUGCUGAGCCAUUCUGUAAUAUUUGGCCGUCUGCUGCUCAUGGAAAGGGGUCCGGCAGGUUGGCAGCAGCAGCAGGGGCACGGGAUAACCUUGCUGCUGAGGACGGGCCGUGCGCCGACAGCAGAAGCACCAGCAGGCGUGAAGCCCUUGGCAGCACCAGAAGCAGCAGCUACAGCAGUAUCAACCGCAGAGCAAGUGGCCAUAACCUGAAACCUCCUGCCCGAAGGGCAAACAGCAACGACAGCAGCAGCAGCAACAACAACGGCAACCGCGAAACCAACAUCAGCAGCAGCAAAAGCGAGUUGAGUACCAUAUUACGGAGAACCCACAGCAUCAGCAGCAACUGUAGAAGCAGCAGCAGCAUUAACACUAACACCAGCAGCUACUGCAGUAGCAGCAACAAGCUGAAUGCGCGGUCUUUGUUGGCUCGGCCGCCUAUUGACAGGCACAAGGGGCCUCAUUUCUUGGGAAGGGCCCCUGUUUUGGGGUCCCCCCCCAAAGCUCGUUUUGGUACCCAAUGUUGUUCAGCGUUAUUUCAGCGGCUCCACAGAACAGUCGCGAGCUCAGGUGAAGCCUAUAGGAGCGAUGAAUCUGCUGCUGCUGCUGCUGGCAGGGGAGAGGCAUCUGCUGCUGCAGUUCUUCCUGCUGCCGGUCCAGCUCCUGCUGGUGUUGCUGCUGUUCACAAGAGGAGAUGCGGCAAUCUAGCAGGUCUUUGUUUACAACAGCCGAGGCCGUCUCCUGCCUCCUGUCGGGUGGAGGAGGAGCAGCAGCAACGGCAGCAACAGAAGCAGCAGCGCCAGCCCGAGCUUAGCAUCCUGCAGAAGCGGAGAUUGCAAACGUGGCUGCAGGAACACCGGCAGCAGCAGCUGUUGCAGCACGACGGAGCGCAGCAGCAACUCUGGAGGUGUGAAGGUGACUGCAGGGAUAGUAGCAGUAGCAGCAGCAGCAGCAGCAAAGGCGGCAAACGGCGCCGGAGGAGGCAGCAGGUGCGCAUACGGCUUCUUGCGGAUCCCUGCACAGGGAGCAGCAGCAGCAACAAAGAGCAGCAGCAGUGGCAUUCCUGGCACCCCAGGUCUCAUACAAAAUUCCUUAGUGGCACACAGCUGCACCAGAAAAAGCAACGGCAAGAGGAGCAGCAGCAGCUCCUGCUUCACCAAGAACCUUCUGAGGCUUCGUUCUGUGAACGAAACAAAUUCUUUAACUUAACACGAGUUUCGAGCAUCACACAGAAGCAGCACCAGCUGCUCCUGCUGCAGCAGCAGCUGGAGGAGGAGGAGAAGCAGCGCCAGCAGCAAACUGCCUGGAGAGGGACCCAGGAUGGCACUGGUGCUGCAGUCGGUGCUUUCGAGGCUGCUACUGCUGCUGAUAUUUGCAACUCGGGAGGUGUAGCAGCAGCAGCAGCAGGAGCAGCAGAUGAGGCAGAGCUAACAACAACAGGAAGAGCAACAGGAACAGCAGCAUCAACACAUAGUGCAGCAGUUCUAUUUCCUGCAGCUGCAUCUCGCGAUUUCGCUUCGGCUACUGCCUAUCGAAAGCUCCAGCAGAAGCAGCAACAGCACCCGCAAGAGCAGCAGCAACGGCAGCAUCUGCGGUUGCGGCGGUCGCAAGAUAGGCGGUCGCUGCUCAUGCACCAGCAGCCAGAGGAGCAGGAUCAGGUUCAGCAGCAGCAUUUGCCGGGUUCUUUUGCCUUAAGGCAGCAGCUGAGGCUCCUAAAAUCCUAUCAAGGAGCUCUCUCUCGCUUGCCGCUAAGUCGUCGCAGACGCCGUUCAACCACCACCAGCAGUAGUAGUAGUAGUAGUAGUAGCAGUAGUAGUAGUAGUAGUAGUAGUAGUAGUAGUAGUAGUAGUAUCACCAGCAGUAACACCACCACCUGCAGCAAUGAGAAGUGCUCAAGCCGCAGGAGUCACCGCAGGUGCAGAAGCAGCAGAAGACAGGAUGUGAAACGGCAGCAAACCCAAAACUUUAGGGGUCACUUAGCAGGAGGAGGGCUCAUCGGUGCUGCCAGCAGCACCAACAAAAGCAGCAGCAGCAACAGCUUUUUCGUUUGCCGCGAGGCAGUGAAGGGUUUAUGUGAAGAAAUUAUGAGGGAAGUCCUGCCUGGGCUGCUGCAGCACGCUGCAAGUGCUGCUGCUAGUGCUGCUGCUGCUGCUGUUGCUGCUGUCACCUCGACGCGCACACAGGGGAUAGGCGCAGGAACCCAGCCUGCAGCACCAAAUGCUGCAGCUGGUGGUGCAGCAGGUGCAGCAGUUGGUCCUGCAGUUGCUGCGGCACCAGCUGCAGCAGUUGGUGCAGCGGCAGCAGCAGCUGCUGCUGCCGCUGCAGCUGCAACGGCACCGAUGCAGCAGGAUGUGCCUGGUCUUGCCACUAUACACCUUGGAGCGCCAAGGGAUAGUAGUGCUAUGGUUAAUGAGCUGCAGCAGCAGCAGCAGCACUUGGAGCAGCAGCAGACACAGCGGCACUACAUGCAGCAUAAACAUAAGCAACUGCAAAAAAAGGGGCGGCAGCACUUGGAAGUGCAACAACAAAAGCCGCAGCACAUGAAACUGCAGCAACAGCAGCAGCACUUGGGACAAGAGCAGAGGCAGAAUCACGAGCAUCACGAGCAGGAGGAGAAGGAUGAGGAUCUGUUGAUGGGGCAGCAGCUGCAGCACAGGGAGUUGUCGCUGGAUAUGCAGGAGCAAUCAGGCGCCUGCGUGAGGCCGCUGUCUCCCUUUGUGAUGUUGUCCGAAGACAGUUCACCGAGGCAACAGCAGCAGCAACAACAACAGCAGCAGUUGCUGCAACAGCAAUGGCAACAGAGACAUCAUCUGGAGCAAGAAGAACACCAGCGACUGCUGCAACAGCAGCAGCCGUGCAGGCAGCACGGAAGGCAGCAGCGGUUUCCCGGUGUGAACCACCAGCGAGACCUGCAGCAGCAGCAAGUGGAACAGGAACGUCAGCAGCAGCAGCUGGAGCAAGAACACCAACAGCAGCAACUGAGUGUUUACGAGGUUAAGAGCGAAGAUGAAGCGGCAGGCCCUAGUGCUGGACUCUCCCCGACACGAUCGAAUUACAGCCAUGCUGCAGCACCAGCACCAACAGAAACAACAUCAACAGCAGCGGCAGGAACAGCAACAGCCGGAACAAUAGAAGCAGCAACAGAGGACUGCGUUUUAUGCAUUCGCAGCAGCAAUAGCAACAUCAUGGCAAUUGAAACUAAGAGUGACAUAGAAACAACAGGGGAGAUCUUAUUAGGCCCAUCCGUUGGGGAUGUAUGGGGGAACAACAGCUCCCCAGCAGCAGCAGCAGGGCCAACAGAAGCUGUUGCUGCUGCUUCUACUACUGAUUGUGCUGCUGCUGCUCCCCACGAGUCUUCGGAUGAGUGCAUGCAGCAGACCCUACCAUGCUGGAAGGAGGAGAAGGAGGAGGAGGAACACGAGCAGCAGCAGGCUGGAGCAGAGCCAGACUGUGUUGCAGCGUACGCCAAGCUCCUCCAAGAAGUGCCAGGGCCUCCAAACCAACUGGGGGGUCCCCUCUUAAAAGCAGAGCCAAGAGGAGGAGCAGAAUAUCCCCCAUGCAUGAAGCCCGUUCGACUGCGCACAAGAGCUCAGGGCCCCCCCAAAACCACAGCGUGUCUGGGGGCCCCACAAAGCCGGCCCCUUUUAAGGCCUAGACGCGUCUCCAGCUGCCUCAACCGCAGCAGCAGCAGCAGUAGCACUAGCAGCAGCAGCACCGCAUGCAGAGACCCUUCCAGACCUUUUCGUCUCUCCUAUAACCAGCGGAGAGAUAGAAGGGCCCUCAUCGAUCCGCUUGCAGACGCAGAGGCAGUAGAGGGCUCCCAGGGUCCCUCAGAGUCCCAUAUGGGGCCUCCGCAAGGGGAUAUAGGGGUCCGCUGCAGCAGGAAGGGGGCCCUCGAAGCCUCCAGGGCCCUCCCCGCCCAGGCAGCUGCCUCCGCGCCUCCUGAUGAGGCAGCAGCCACCAGGGGGCCCCCUGUGGGGGCCCCCAGGGGCCCUCUAGCUAGGCGCGUUGGUCAGCCUGGCAUAGAAGACAAGCUCGAUAGCAGGGGGGGCCCAUGCCGGGGGCUGUCACGGAAGGGGCCUCAAAAUAGAGGGGGGCCCCCAAGUAAGGGUUUGCUGUGCAGCACGGGACCCCCUGAGGGUUUGACCGAUGAAGUAGAAGGUGGAGGAGAGGCGAAGGAAAAGAAGAAAACAGCGAUGGCAGCAAAACUGCAGCUGCAGCUGCAGCAACUGCCGCCGCAGCAGCACGAACUGCCGCCGCAGCAGCAGCAGGAUGUUGUGUGUUUGAAUGCAGGUGUCUCGAUGUUUACGUGGGGUGUCUGGCGAGCGGCAUUUAAAGAAAGUGUUGGAGAAGUUUUCGUAUGA